AUGACAGCGAAGACUGAUACGGCUCCCCCAACGGAGCUUCCUCUGGAAGCAUUCAAGCUUCUGCCCAACAACACGGAUAAAAACUGGAUCAAGGACAAGGGGUUACGGAAACUGAAUCUUGGAAUUCUGUUUAUGUUCUCUACUGCUUCUUCGGCGGGUUAUAUCGCAAGUUUAGUUAACAGCCUGCUGGUAUUACCUCAAUUCGCCACAAUUAUUGGCGGUUUGGACCCCAACAUAAUUGGUCUUAUCAUUGCCGGCACUUCUCUGGGAGCUUUUUUAGCAUUCGUACCAGCGUCCUAUAUUGCAGAUAAACAUGGGCGCAAGAUCUGCGUGGGACUCGGAUGCAGUCUUGUCAUUGUCGCAACGAUCAUUCAGACCAUUUUUAGAAAUCAUUGGGCUUUCUUCAGUAUGAGGGUGUUGUCAGGUGCGGGCAUGGGCAUUUCCCAAACUGCUGCUCCUCUCUUGGUAACUGAGAUUGCGCACCCACGUCAGAGACAGACCGCGACCGCUUUCUAUAAUGCGACUUGGUGUCUGGGGGGAAUCGGCUCGGCUGCGGUUACAUUUGCAACUAUCGCCCUGACGAACAGCUGGUCAUGGAGAAUUCCUUGUUUAUUACAGGUGGCAUAUCCGAUCAGUCAAUUGAUUGGUUUGGUGUUCUUUGUGCCGGAGAGCCCUAGGUGGCUUGUGUCGAAAGGUCGGAAAGAUGAGGCUUUGGUUAUUCUGGCCAGGUAUCAUGCCAAUGGACGGAUAGAUGAUGAGUUGGUUCAGCAUGAAUUCUGUCAGAUUUGCGACACCAUCAAUGCCGAAGCGGCCCAGUCUAGAAACUGGAAUUCCUUCUUCUCUUCAAAAGGCGACAUGCACCGAUUGGCGAUUUGUGUAUUGGUUGGACUGAUGCAAGAAUGGGCUGGAAAUGGUAAGAAGCCCGAAGCUGUAAGAGACCACAUGUUGACAUAUCCAGGGAUCCUAUCAUAUUACCUCGCACCAAUUCUCGGCUCUGUGGGAAUUACCAAAGCAGCAGACCAAGCCGCCGUAAACGUGAGUCUCCAAGCUUGGAACUUCCUCCUCUCAGCCGCAGGAGCGGUGGCUUCGGAGCGAUACGGUCGUCGUAUCCUCUGGCUCCUGUCCACAGCAGGAAUGCUGCUAUUUCUCUCCAUUGCCACACUGCUUGCUGGUUUAUUCGCCGAGCAGCACCUCGCAGCUGCAGGGAUAGCCGUGGUGCCAUUGCUGUUUAUCUUUUUCGGCUUCUACGACAUGGCGUAUGCGCCUCUUUUCAUCUCGUAUCCGGCUGAGAUCCUACCGUUUCAACUGCGUGCCAAGGGUCUUGCGGUUACAUUGUCGGUCGAUGCUGCUGCAUGCUUCUUCAAUCAAUAUGUGAAUCCUGUGGCGUUUACUGCGCUUCAGUGGAAGUAUUAUUGUGUUUAUAUAGGCUGUCUGGUCGUAUUCCUGGGGGUUGUGUACUUCCUCUUCCCUGAAACGAAGGGCCGGUCUUUGGAAGAGGUUGCGAUGAUUUUUGACGAGAGCGAGGAAGAGAAUACAGACAGUAGAAAAGAAGCGAUAUAG